UACUGCCACUCAAAUUUUCCACUUAUAGUCAGGCCCUCCAUGAUACCAUGAACGUGAAGACACUAACUCACCCCUGAAUGAGUAUAUAAACCCUGUGGAAGGGGGCUGACCAUAGACAAUUUCUGCUCUGCCUUGGCCCAGAAGCCACAGCAAUGAAGCUCCACACUGCAGCAAUCCUGCUCCUCUUCUGGCUUGGCAUCUUCACUGUGCACACAGUUAAAGGAAGCGCUAGUAGUCAGUCCAUGCGCAGAUACAGUUGUGCAACUCUGUCUCCAAGGCAACUGAACAUCCGAAAUCUCAUAAGCUAUGAAAAGCAACAAGUACCAAUAGAUGCCAUCAUGUUUAUCACUGCAAAAGGUAUCAGGAUCUGUGUAGGUGCUAAUCAGCAAUGGGUGCAGACUGCUAUGAGGAGAAUAGAUGAAAGACGGGCUGCCAAACGCAGAUAAUCCAAGUAUCUAAGGCCAACUAUCUGGAAUCAUCAUCAGUGCUGCCGAUAACAAGGAAGAAAACCUUACUACCUGCUUUUGUUUCUUAUUUAUUAAGUGGCAAUAAAGUCUUGGAACAAAAACAAACUCACCAGAAUCUAUUCAUCACUGUUUGAAUGUCUGCAGACUUCUUCAUUUUAUGGUUGUACUCUAUUAGUCUAGAUUUUUCUGAAAUGUUUGCUAAUAUUUAUUUACAACUGAAUGUAGAUAUCAUCUCACCCUUGCUGUCCUGACCAGGAUGGCCUUUAACAGGGAAUGACUGAUAGUUUUACAGAGUGUAGUGAAGACGACCUCCCACAGAGCUGGA